AUGACUUUCACGCGAUACUCAUACCUAAUCACUCGCGAUGCACCAUUGUGUGUCGCUUUGGCCCCUAAAAACCCUAGAAACAGCAUAGCACCCCCUGUCCGUGCAGCCAAAAGCAAAAAAAGAGCGAUCGAGCACUCGCACUUAAAACAUUCCAAUUUCCCUCGAAUGUACUCGUACUCCAGAGUACUCGGUACAAGUACAACACUCGAGCACAGCAGGGCAAUGGGACCUUAACAGCUCUAGCCUCUGGCCUGUUUUCUGAAACAUGACUCUUCACAGCUCCGAUACUUAUCAUGGUCACUGGCCUCCGCGUGGUGGUAACACUGAUUGACUUUCGCAAGAGAUCAAAGCCAAACAGCCCGAUGUCUGGGGGAAAAGCUCCGAAAGUUGAUGCAUUAAUUCUUUUUCCUAAGCGGCCGGAGGAUCCGUGGGCAACGCACGGGCUCCUUUGCUCCAUGUUUAUCGUCGCAUCAAUGUGACGGGUGUGAAUUCCGGUUUUCCCGUACGAGUAGUAUUUCUUGUCAAUAGGCUGGGAAGCUGGUUGGACGAUAGCCGAAUAAAUGGCGGGAGGAUCAUAGCAAGAACAGCAGAUGAUUGGGGGGACUAAUGGUGGAAAGAUCACCACCGGCGACACUGCAUCGGGGGUCGUCGAAAAACAAAAAUUAUGACCUGGGACUUGUGCCAGUAUGAGUACACGAGACACCAAACCGGUAGCUACGAUGCUCGAGCGGCACUUCACACAAAACACGAGGAAUGAUUCUGAAAACUGCUAGGGCGGACGAAAUUAGCUGCUCACAGGCGAACCACAUUUGCCCAACGUACCUUAACCUCGGGAGCCUUCCAACUGGGACCCCGAAACUUCCGGGCUUUAAUGGAUCUUAAAGAUCACAGAAGUGGUGAUUAUCGCAACCCCCAAAAAGUCUUGACAACCCGAACGAAAUUGAAGGGGAAAAGCAUGCUAUGGCCGAGGCUAAUGUAUCAGUAGUUAUUCACUGACUAAGUAAAAAGGAAAAAAAAAGCAUCACAUAGAGUAAAGCUCUGUUUGAAAGACGAUUUUAGAUUCCAAAA